UAGCCCCUUAACGACAGACAACUUUCUGGCUUCGCUAUUGAUUCUCACUUGACCAACAAGAAAAGAAAAAAGAAAAUGGCAAUUCAUUAGUCAUCUUCUUUAGCUUGAAUCAUCGCUAAUUCAGAAAUUUACCCAAAUUUCUGCACCCCCAAAACUGCUUUGAAGUGAUAAUUUUGAUGGGGAUUUUUCAAAUUUAGUCAAUAGUGGAAUUAAUCCAAAUUUAGAUAACGAUAAUGGCCCGCAUUUUGUCGUUGAAGUUGAAAUCUCUUGCUAGUUCUGUUCUUACUUCAUCAAAAUCAAUGUUAUCUGGGUCUUAUAUAAAUUCGAUGAGAGUUGGUGAUCAUUUUCAGGUUAGGCCUAUUGCUGGUUAUUUGGGUCAUAAUUAUCACACUGAUACUCAUAGUAGAAUGUUGAGUUGUAAGCCUAGAGCUUGUGCACAACUAUGUAAACCCAGUUAUGGAUCAGCCUUUUCACCCACUUUGUCGAGUUACCGGGUUUUGAGUAGCUUCCCUUUGUCAUCUGUGUCGGGUUGCCUGUCAUAUUCGUCCUUCACUGGUGGUACAAGGGAUAAUAAGGGUCUUGAUGUUCCGGAAGCUUCUGGAAUCGGUGAUGGGAUUACUUCUGGGAGUUCUGAGUGGGCAGAUAAGAUGAAGGAUGUCUGGCAGUCUGUUGUAGAUGCUGCUACGUUCACGGGGCAAAAGGCUAAGGAAGCCUCUGAUGAGUUAACUCCCUAUGCACAACAAGUUUUGGAUACUCAUCCAUACCUUAAAGAUGUUGUCGUACCUGUGGGUAGCACAUUCACUGCUGCUGUACUGGCGUGGAUGGUCAUGCCAAGUAUAUUGAAGAGAUUGCACAAGUAUUCAAAUCAAGGAUCGGCCGCUUUGCUGGGUGGAACUGGAAGCAUAUUCGCUAUUGAAGUACCGUAUGAGAAGAGUGUUUGGGGUGCAUUACAGGAUCCAGCACGCUAUCUGACGACUUUCAUGGCAAUUUCUGAAAUAUGCUAUUUGGUUGCUCCACAUUCUGUUGCAUCCCAGUUAAUUGGACAGACUUGGAAAGGGGCAGUCGCCCUUUCAUUUGUAUGGUUUGUGCAACGAUGGAAGACAAAUUUUUUUGCUCGUGCUUUGGCUGCUGAGAAUGUUCAUCUACUUGAUCGAGAAAGAUUGCUUACUUUGGACAAGAUUUGCUCUGUUGGCCUUUUGGCCAUUGGAGUUAUGGCUUUAGCAGAAGCAUCUGGUGUGGCUGUUCAGUCUCUUCUUACUGUUGGUGGUAUUGGGGGAGUUGCCACUGCUUUUGCGUCAAAAGACAUACUUGGUAAUGUUCUUAGUGGAUUGUCUAUGCAACUCUCGAAGCCCUUUUCACUCGGAGAUACAAUCAAGGCUGGAUCAAUAGAAGGUCAAGUGACGGAGAUGGGUUUAACUACAACUUCGCUAUUGAAUGCUGAAAAGUUUCCCGUGAUCGUUCCAAACUCUAUGUUUUCUAGUCAGGUCAUCGUUAACAAGUCUCGAGCUGGGUGGCGUGCUUAUAUCAGUAAAAUUCCAUUGCAGUUCGACAAUUUGGAGAAAGUUCCUCAGAUUUCAACUGAUGUAAAGUCAAUGCUGGAGUCAUAUCCCAAAGUUUUUUUGGGACGUGAGGCUCCUUACUGUUAUCUCUCUCAAAUAGAUAGUUCAUAUGCUGAACUGACUCUUGGAUGCAAUCUCAAACAACUGAGCAAAUCGGAGAGGUAUUCCGCGGAGCAAGAUAUCCUUCUACAAUGCGUCCAAAUAAUUAAGCAACAUGGUGUUUUGUUGGGAAACACGCAGCAAUAUAGCUAGUGACUUUCUUCAGAGUGGAACAUCCAGUUUGUUGUCUACUUGGACAUUGGUGUAGAGACAGAUACCAUGCAUGAUGACACACCAAAGGUGAUUUGAUUUCUAUGGCUUCUCUUGUUCCAGCUGUGCAAGUCUGUUAGGGAGGAAAUGAACACAGGCAUUUUUCUAGGAUCAUGAAAUGGCACGCAUUUUUGUUAAAUACAUUACACUGCAUCUACAUAUCACAAAAUACUCCUCAAAAAAGGGGAAACUUUAGACUCUCUGAUUGAGAUUGUAGUUGUUUGUGAUCGUCAUAGAAUCUGCUCUCUGAACAGCUGAAAAUUUUAAAUCAAAGAGUUGAAAAUUAUGGA